GACGAAAGUUCCUUGUCUUUGACCAGAGACCAACGCGCAGACGGGCGGACGAUAACAGCAUCCACUGCUGUUAUUAAGCCUUUACAUCUAAAUGAACUUUUGUCAAAGAAAGCCCUGAUCAUGCCCACUGCUUUUGCAGGGCAAAGAUAUUGAUCGGCGUAUCAAAUACAUUUUUUUUUCUUCGUAUGAGAUUAUUUUUUCAUAUACUUUCAUUUUUCGGUAGGCUACCUGUGUUUUUUUUACACCAUGGUGCUUGGAAAGGUGAAGAGCUUCACAGUCAGCUACGACUGUCUCAAUGACAGUAAUGUCCCCGUUUUCGCAAGUGGGGACUCGGUCUCAGGGAGGGUGAUCAUCGAAGUCACUGGAGAAAUCCGUGUGAAAUCUCUUAAAAUUCAUGCAAAAGGAUUUGCGAAAGUUCGUUGGACUGAAUCGCGAAAUGCUGGCUCCAAUACUGCCUAUACGCAAAAUUACGCUGAAGAAGUAGAAUAUCUCAACCAUAGAGACAUCCUCAUUGGACAUGAAAGAGGUAUGGCAUACGUGUUGGAAUAUUGUCCCUCUCUUGUUUCAGAUGAUGACAACUCAGAAGAAGGACUCACCACUAUCCAUUCAGGAAGACAUGAGUAUGCAUUCAGCCUUGAGCUUCCACAGAUACCCCUGGCUACCUCAUUCGAAGGGAAGCACGGCAGCGUGCGCUACUGGGUGAAGGCCGAGCUACACAGGCCAUGGCUUCUGCCCAUGAAGACCAAGAAAGAAUUCACAGUCUUCGAACACAUCGACAUCAACACUCCCUUACUGCUGUCGCCCCAGGCAGGCACAAAAGACAAGACUUUAUGCUGCUGGUUCUGCACCUCAGGUCCAAUCUCCUUAAGUGCCAAAAUCGAAAGGAAGGGAUAUACCCCAGGAGAGUCUAUUCAGAUCUUCGCUGAGAUUGAGAAUUGCUCGUCUCGCAUGGUCGUGCCAAAGGCAGCCAUUUACCAAACACAGACCUUCUACGCCAAAGGGAAAAUGAAGGAGGUAAAACAGCUGGUGGCCAACAUCAGAGGAGAGUCGUUGUCCUCGGGCAAGACGGAGACGUGGAAUGGCAAAAUGCUGAAGAUCCCCCCCAUCUCUCCCUCCAUCUUGGACUGCAGCAUCAUCCGAGUGGAGUAUUCUCUCAUGGUGUACGUGGACAUCCCCGGAGCUAUGAACCUGUCUCUGAACCUGCCACUGGUCAUCGGCACUAUCCCGCUGCACCCCUUCGGCAGCCGCACCUCCAGUGUCAGCAGCCAGUGCAGCAUGACCAUGAGCUGGCUAGGCAUGGCCCUGCCAGAGCGCCCUGAAGCCCCACCAAGCUAUUCAGAGAUCGUGACAGAGGAGCAGAGACGGAGCCUGGAGGUGACCUCAGCCAGGGAUGAGUUUGAGGGACCACUCUUUGCCUACAUCCAGGAGUUCCGCUUCCAGCCUCCUCCGCUCUACUCUGAGAUUGAUCCCAAUCCCGAUCAAGCCAGCCGGACGGAGGAGAGGAGACCUGACACUUGUCCAUCACGUUGAAGGAAACACAGAACCCCCGCCCGGAGAUGUUUUGGGCGUUUCUAAGUCAACUCUGUUUUUGUAUUUUUCUUCCCCCCGGUGACAGCGUUCGCACUCCGCCCGCGACGUCGAGAGGAGAGAAAAAACAAACAAACAAAUACCACAGGGGAACAAAGCCCUGCCCACUUCCACAGAGAAAGGCACAGGAAGUCUGCCUUCCUGCCUGGCCCGGGGAAAGGCCGGUCGAACAUCCACCUAACCUGUGAGGGGGGGAGAAGAAAAAAAAAUCUUUAGUGGAGACAGCCUUGGUGGAGUGAGUGAUGACACGCCAGGGCCAUCUCUGCCUAUGGCUCUUCAUCGACCUCAUAUUUUCUGUUACCACUGCACAUGCGGACAUGGCUUUCACAUAGAGCAGAACUAUCAUGUCGAGACCUGAGCAGGAAAAAAAGAAAAACAGGAAGAAGAGAAUACAAUAUAACCACCACUGUCUGAAGCGCUCAGCGGCAGUUGGCAAGGGAGCAAAGACUGGCCUCCUCCUGCCUCAUUUGGGAUUUUUGCACAUGUUAUUCUUUGCUUGAGUUGUGUGGCUCCAUUUUAAGAAGAAUAAAAUCAGCACUAAUUGUUUUUCUUCUGCCUAGUAACAAUGCUGGACUAAAGAGACUGCAGGCUUAACUCAUAAACUCCUUAUCCGCACAACUUCGAACAACGCAGAGAACAUAUUUGGACAAAAACAAUGCACUGACCUUGUUUAAUCUGUUUUAAGAUGUUAUUUUUCCUUAUUACAUUUCCUUAAUGACUUGUAGACUGGACUUGAAUGCAGCAGAACACUCUCCAUCCAAAAGCUCUUUUUCGAUAUUGCCUCCUCAGUUUGGUUCAAAGUGUGGCAUCCUUUUUUCUGGUUCUGUACUAUGUUUUGUCCUUUGAUUUAGUUCCAAACUUAGAAUGCCUUUUAUGCCAAGCAUUGUUUGCUUCGUGUUUAUGUUGUGCUUGUUCUGGAGUAGAGGAGCCGCAGGCUAGAGCUUGUCACUCAAGUAUAACAUGAAACGCAGAGAAUUUUGUGUGUGUGUGUGUGUGUGUGUGUGUGUGUGUGACGGAAAGAGUGGGACAUAUCAGAAUUCGCACACUCUGUGUCUGCAGCCCCUCUACUCAUACAACAGAGGCUUACAUACUGCCUAUAAAAAAGCACUGUCUCAGGUGAUCUUCUCACUUGCCAAAUGAUUGAAAAAGAAAAUGUUUUGUUUUAAUUGUACUGUUUGAAAUAGUGAAAGGAGGAUUUCUUUAAAAAAAAGUAUAUUACCAUAACAAGAGAGAAGAGACAUACACACAGAGCAGCAAGGCAGCUUUCCAAAAUGAACGACAUUCCCUUUUUGCCAUCGCUGCACUUGCCGACUUCAUUCACCAACUGUGUUAUUUUCCAGACCAGUGAAGCCUGAAAUGCUAGAAUUAUAUAUAAUUUAAAAAAAAGUAAGACUACAUGAUAUGAAAUGCUUCAAAUAAUGGGGCAGACACAAACCCAGCCUGGCUAAAUGCUGGGGAAGAAUUGGACGUUGCUAAAGCUCCGCUCAAACUGGCCAGAACAAGUAGUGGUAGGUUGAAAUGAGUAAUACAUUGGUUUUCAAACUCAUUCAACACCUAGACCAGUAAUAGUGGAGAUUUGGCAUUGUCUUAAACAUGAGGCACUUUUUGAAGGAAAACAUUUUAAAAUUGCAUUGACAGUGAAGGUCUGUAAAAUGUUGGGCAUCCCACAUCAUUUCUUGAUGAGACAUUUGGUCAAGCAGUGUUUGUGUUGGACAUAAAUGCAUUAUUUCAUCUUCUAAGACGUUUUUUGAAAGUUUACAGUUAUAAUUAGUUGACAAGUUUGUGUGUGUGUGCUCUGUUUAGAUCUAGCUAGCAACUAUAAGAAUAUUGCUUACAGUGACAGAAAAAACUACAAAUUAAAGUGAUCUUAUCUUAGUGGCCUUGACACAGAACUGACAUAAUUAUGAUGCUUCAUUAUCAAGUGUCGAUAUAAUUUACAACCUUACUCUUUUAGCUAUUUUCUUUUCUUUGUAUGUGUGAUUAGUCCUUUCAUGCUUUUCAAAGGGACAAAAAGGGAAGAAAAUAAAUCGUUUAAAAAUAUAUAUAUAUUUUUUUAAUGACGAUCCCUGGACAAGCCUCUUGUGUGUUUUUCUGAAUGCGUUUAGUGAUGACUGGGUAGUUAGUUUAUGUACUUGGGCAUUGAUGGUUUGUUAUCCAGUCAGACAACCCCAUUUCUACUCACCUUUCAGCUUCAGGGAACAGCUGUGGAUCAGCAACCCUCCCUUCCCACAGAGAACGAAUUAGCUUACAAAUGGAAUAGACCGCUAAUUCUAAGAUAAAAUCACUUUUGUUUGUUUUGAUUUUUAUCUUGGGGAAUAUGUAUCAAGCUAAAGUACAAAUGAAUAAGCUUAAAUCUGUUUCAGGUUGGUCAAUUCUAUAGUCCAUUGUUCGGGCCUCAGUGUAGUCCAGUUUUAAAAGCUAAAUUCCUGACUUACUAAAGUGAGGAAUUAAAACAUUAGAAAUGGGAGAGUGCAUCUGAAAUGUUUUAGAAACAAAGUGCAAUAUUACUCAUUUGAAUUAGUUUCAUUCACUAUUUGUAUGUCUAAUUUCUCCUUUUGUCUUUUUAUAGUUUCUUAGUCACGAUCAUAUAUAGAUAUUGUAUGAAUGUCCUGAAUGAUUGUAACCUUCUGCCUAGUAUUUCUUUUGAGUUUAAUAAACUUUUGUUAAAAAUGUA